GGCGGCGCUGAGGAGGAAGAGGAGGAGGAGGCGGCGGCGGCGGCGGCGGCGGCGCGAUGCCGGCGGCGGCCGGGGGGCUGCUGUGGUGGAGCUGCUGCGUGCUGGUGGCGGCGGCCGGCGCCCCGAGGGCUGCCGCGGCUCAGGCAGUGUGUGCUGGCACAGAGAACAAGCUGAGCUCCCUCUCCGACCUGGAGCAGCAGUACCGGGCCCUGCGCAAGUACUAUGAGAACUGCGAGGUAGUUAUGGGCAACCUGGAAAUCACCAGCAUCGAGCACAACAGAGACCUCUCCUUCCUGAGGUCUAUCAGAGAAGUCACAGGCUAUGUUUUGGUGGCUUUGAAUCAGUUUGAAUACCUGCCCCUGGAGAACCUGCGCAUCGUUCGUGGGACCAAGCUCUAUGAAGACCGAUACGCUCUGGCAAUAUUCCUUAACUACAGGAAGGAUGGUAAUUUUGGACUCAGGGAACUUGGCCUGAAGAACUUGACAGAAAUACUGAAUGGAGGGGUGUAUGUUGGCCAGAACAAAUUUCUUUGCUUCGCAGACACCAUUCAUUGGCAGGAUAUCGUGCGUAACCCCUGGGCCUCCAACUUCACUUUGGUUCCAACGAAUGGCAGCUCAGGAUGUGGUCGAUGCCACAAGUCCUGCACAGGCCGAUGCUGGGGACCCACAGAGAAUCACUGCCAGACCUUAACAAAGACAGUGUGUGCAGAGCAGUGUGAUGGACGGUGCUACGGGCCCUACGUCAGCGACUGCUGCCACCGGGAGUGCGCUGGAGGCUGUUCCGGACCCAAAGACACUGAUUGCUUUGCCUGCAUGAAUUUCAAUGAUAGCGGAGCGUGUGUCACACAGUGCCCCCAGACAUUUGUGUACAAUCCUACUACCUUCCAACUGGAACAUAAUCACAAUGCCAAGUACACGUACGGGGCUUUCUGCGUCAAGAAGUGCCCACACAACUUUGUGGUAGAUUCCAGCUCUUGUGUCCGUGCAUGUCCAAGCUCCAAGAUGGAGGUUGAAGAAAAUGGUAUUAAGAUGUGUAAGCCCUGCACUGACAUUUGUCCUAAAGCGUGUGAUGGCAUUGGAACAGGGAGCUUAGUGUCAGCUCAGACGGUGGAUUCCAGCAACAUUGACAAGUUCAUAAACUGCACUAAGAUCAAUGGCAACCUGAUCUUCCUUGUUACUGGGAUUCAUGGGGAUCCAUAUCACACAAUCGCAGCAAUUAAUCCUGAGAAAUUAAAUAUUUUCCAAACAGUGAGAGAGAUAACAGGGUAUUUGAACAUACAGUCGUGGCCUGAGAACAUGACUGACUUCAGGGUUUUUUCUAACUUGGUUACUAUUGGUGGAAGAGCUCUGUAUAGCGGCCUUUCCUUACUCAUCCUGAAGCAGCAAGGCAUUACCUCUUUACAGUUCCAGUCCUUGAAGCAGAUCAGCGCUGGUAACAUCUACAUAACAGACAACAGCAAUUUAUGCUACUACCACACAGUCAACUGGACCAGCCUUUUCAGCACACCCAGCCAAAAGACGGUGAUUCAUCGAAAUAGAAAAGCAGAGAACUGCACUGCUGAUGGAAUGGUGUGUAACGAAUUAUGCUCAAGCGAUGGCUGUUGGGGGCCAGGGCCAGAUCAGUGUCUCUCCUGCAAGCGCUUCAUCAGGGGGAGGACCUGCAUAGAAUCUUGUAACCUGUAUGAUGGGGAGUUUCGAGAGUUUGCAAAUGGUUCUGUUUGUGUGGAGUGUGAUCCCCAGUGUGAGAAGAUGGAAGACAACAUGAUCACAUGCUACGGGCCGGGGCCUGACCACUGCACGAAGUGUUUCCAUUUUAAGGAUGGUCCGAACUGUGUGGAGAAAUGCCCCGAUGGCUUACAGGGGGCCAACAGUUUCAUUUUCAAGUAUGCUGAUGAGGAUCGCGAGUGCCAUCCUUGCCAUCCAAAUUGCACCCAAGGGUGUAGAGGUCCAGCUAGUCAUGACUGCAUUUACUAUCCAUGGACACGACAGUCCACUUUACCACAACAUGCUAGAACCCCUUUGAUUGCUGCGGGAGUUAUUGGUGGCCUCUUCAUCAUCGUCAUCAUGGGCCUGACAUUUGCUGUGUACGUUCGACGCAAGAGCAUUAAAAAGAAGAGAGCGCUGCGGAGGUUCCUGGAGACUGAGCUUGUGGAACCCUUGACUCCAAGUGGUACGGCACCCAACCAAGCUCAGCUUCGCAUCCUGAAGGAAACUGAGCUGAAACGAGUGAAGGUUCUUGGCUCUGGAGCCUUUGGAACUGUAUACAAGGGUAUUUGGGUCCCCGAGGGAGAAACUGUGAAGAUUCCUGUGGCCAUUAAGAUCCUUAAUGAGACCACUGGUCCCAAAGCCAACGUCGAAUUCAUGGAUGAAGCCCUCAUCAUGGCCAGCAUGGAUCACCCACACCUGGUGAGACUCCUGGGCGUCUGCUUGAGCCCGACCAUCCAGCUCGUCACUCAGCUGAUGCCUCAUGGCUGCCUGCUGGAUUAUGUUCAUGAACAUAAGGACAAUAUUGGCUCCCAGCUUCUGCUAAACUGGUGUGUCCAAAUAGCAAAGGGAAUGAUGUACCUGGAAGAGAGAAGACUUGUGCACCGGGACUUGGCAGCCCGCAAUGUCCUGGUGAAAUCACCAAACCAUGUGAAGAUCACCGACUUUGGCCUGGCCAGACUUCUGGAGGGGGAUGAGAAGGAGUAUAAUGCUGAUGGAGGGAAGAUGCCAAUUAAGUGGAUGGCUCUGGAGUGUAUACACUACAGGAAAUUUACCCAUCAGAGCGAUGUCUGGAGCUACGGAGUCACUAUCUGGGAGCUUAUGACCUUUGGUGGAAAGCCAUACGAUGGGAUCCCAACUCGAGAGAUCCCAGACCUCCUGGAGAAGGGAGAGCGGUUGCCCCAGCCUCCAAUCUGCACUAUUGAUGUUUAUAUGGUGAUGGUGAAAUGCUGGAUGAUCGAUGCUGACAGUCGGCCUAAAUUCAAGGAGCUGGCUGCUGAGUUUUCUAGAAUGGCUCGAGACCCCCAGAGGUACCUGGUAAUUCAGGGAGACGAUCGUAUGAAGCUGCCCAGCCCAAAUGACAGCAAGUUCUUCCAAAACCUUCUCGAUGAGGAAGACCUGGAAGAUAUGAUGGAUGCUGAAGAGUAUCUUGUUCCUCAAGCCUUCAACAUCCCUCCUCCCAUCUACACUUCCAGGACAAGAAUUGAUUCCAACAGGGUCAUGAAGUCGAAAUUUCCUUGCACGCCCUUGCUGAGAAGCAGAAUGAACCAGUUCGUGUACAGAGAUGGCGGCUAUGCUGCAGAGCAGGGAGUGCCGAUGCCAUACAGAGCUCCUGGCUGCGUCAUCCCAGAAGCCCCAGUUGCUCAGGGGGCGACGGCCGAGAUCUUUGAAGACACCUGCUGCAACGGCACGCUGCGGAAGCAGGUGGCCACACUGGCAAAGGAGGACAGCAGCACCCAGAGGUACAGCGCUGAUCCCACAGUCUUCAUACCGGAGCGGGUGAUCCGGGGAGAGCUGGAUGAGGACGGCUACAUGACGCCAAUGCGAGACAAACCCAAAACAGGUAAUUACCUGAAUCCAGUGGAAGAGAACCCAUUUGUCUCUCGGCGAAAGAACGGAGAUCUGCAAGCUGUGGAUAACCCAGAGUAUCACAACGCUCCGAACGGGCAGCCCAAAGCAGAGGAUGAGUACGUGAAUGAGCCAUUGUACCUCAACACUUUUGCAAACACCUUGGAAAACGCUGAGUACCUGAAGAACAAUUUGCCAGAGAAAGCCAAGAAGGCCUUUGACAACCCAGACUACUGGAAUCACAGCCUGCCCCCACGAAGCACUCUCCAGCACCCGGACUACCUGCAAGAGUACAGCACAAAAUACUUUUACAAACAGAACGGACGGAUCCGGCCCAUUGUGGCAGAGAAUCCCGAAUACCUCUCCGAGUUCUCCCUGAAGCCUGGCACUGUGCUGCCCCCGCCACCCUACAGACACCGGAACACAGUGGUGUAGUAACCGCGGUCUUACAGAAGUGGAAAGGCAACCCCUUCUAGCUGCCUCACUCUUUCUCUUUUCCUCCUUCUCCCUUCCCUACUCCCCUUUUUUCCUCCCACGAGCUUCCUCUUCUUGCCAGUUCACUCAUUUUUGCUAUUUCCAAGUGAAAGGAUGUCUUGGAGUCAUUUGCGGAUUGGGUUGGGAACCGGAAAAGAAGGAAGGAAGGAAGGAGACGGAGAGGAGGAGUGUACAGCUGGUGUUUCUCGCCUUCCGCAGUUCUGAGGGGCAGGUGGUCAGAGAAACCAGACAGUACAGAAAAUCCGUGGCAGUGUUGCCUGCUGUCAAGCUAGUCUCAGUGAUUCCACCCAGACGCCGUAGGGGAAGCCACAGAGAGGCUGUCUCUCUCAGGAGGAACUGAUGAGUCUGUACAGCAUUCCUGGAAAUCUCAAUGCAGUUUCCAUUAGGGGGAAAAAUGGACAAUUUUUAUAUCAUGUGUAAUAGCACAGUAAUUGAGAUUGAGAAUCCAGUUUCUUUCUCUAAUACUUUCUAUCCCAGCAACUGAAAAUGGCUAACUUGGCUUUUCAUAAUCGUUCAGAUCUUCAUCGUGGCUUUCCCAGAAAUGAUGAUGUGACUCUGAGAGCUGGCGCAAUCCUUGUUCUGAGAGCUACAUCAUGAUUUUGUGCCACUUCCUAACCGCAGAGACUCCAGCUCAGAACUGGUGCGUGACGUGACCAUUUUUGUAUAUGUGCCAACAGGACAAACGUUUUAAACAGAAAAAUCCUUUCAGAAAUGAGUAACAAAGCCCCCACCCCCCGCGUGUUCUUCUUGAACCGGAAAGGACAGGCCAAGAAAUCAAGAUUUGUACGUAAAAGGCUCCGUUUUCCUGUUUUAUACCUGCCGACCAUAGGUACAUAAACGCAAAUACACUCUUCCCUCUUUUUCUUCUUUGGGAUCACGAAGGUGGUUGGGGAUGCUGUCAGGCAAUGCUGAGGAUGAGACGGAGCACUGGAGAGUUCACUGUGGGUCACGGAGUCAGCCCAGCUCUCUGUGGGGUGCUGGCGGGAAGCGUCCUUGAAACUGGAAGAAAGAAAGACACUGGACUGGAGAAAACGCACAUAGAGGUUCACUGGAAAGUUAGUUUGCACUUAAGCUCUGAUUUUAUUUGAACUGUUUUCUGGAUUUUGAAUGAAGCAAUAUGGAAGUGACCAGCAAAAUACAAAAUAAUAAUUUUAAAUUAAAAAAAGUGAAUUAUAUGUAAAGGACGACUGUGGAAAUGCCAAAAUGAAGCAUAUCAAGUCUUUGGUACAAUGUCCACCAGUUCGGAGAGGCGUUGCAUUGACUGUUUCAGAGAACACAGUGACAGAGCAGCCAGCUCUUACUGCUGCCACGUGAAGGACAGCAGAGCAAGCCCUGGAAGGGAUCCAAGGAGGAGAAUGCCUUUCUCCGGUGUGCAGCACAGUACGGAAUGCUUUUUUCUAACAGGAGGAUUACUCUGUCACAGAACACAGUGUACAUGAUGUUUGCUAAGUCAAAAUGCGCAUGACUCACAGAGCUUUCAGUCCCAAAAUGUAAACAGGUACGAGUUGGCCUCCCUGCACUGGGUUCCGCAUUCAUCAGCCUCAGUUUUUAGGUAGAAAGCUGCACACCCCUCUUCCUGUUGGGAAGGAACCAUCAGCCACUGUUUGGGAUGCGUUAGCAGAUGGAGCUGGGAGGGGUGGAGCAGUGCUGCUGAUGGCUUGCUCCUGGUGCGCCAACACGUCCUGUGUGAGCAUUUGUGCGCCUGGUUCCCACUGAAAAUCUUGAGGUUGCAUUAGGUACCUGUAAAGAGGUGUCUGUGUCUAAUUAAGGCUUUUAGAAAGGGAGAGUAAUACCUGGUGGAGGGCAGUAUUUCAGUUUAUGCACUACAGUACUAUUAAUGUCAAGAUCUUUGGGGUAACCUGGCAACAAAACCAGCAACAACCAGUGGUCUGGAAAUUGUAUCCAGUUCCUCCACCAUCCUUCCUAUGAACACAGCUUGCAAUACUGACUGCAGUCCUGGUGGCUCGGGGGCAGCCUGACAAAAGGUAGGAGAAGUUUUCAGAGCUGGGUGCUUGGUGGUGGAAAGGAAACGUGUGAUUGCUGAGCCAGGGCCGGUUUUGCCAACAGCCUGCUCCUGUGCCACGUGUGCCCAGCCCUGCUUGAGCCAGCCGAGCUCACCUCCAGCUGCAGGGUACUGCUACGCCUGCCGCGUGGGGCUCUUCGGAGCUCCUGAAGGGAGAUGCUGGGCCAGAUGAGAACAGAGCAAAUGACCAGCACACCUCUGAGGUGAAAUCAGUGAUUAGGGAGCGUCACAUAGCUCAAAGACGGCGUCUCCUUCUGGCACCAUCUGUAACAUUCUGAUUGUGAUGGGAAACAGAAGAUGGCACAUGCUCUCCUGGGGACCCUGCUCCUGGAAGGUUUGCUGGUGACAGUACCGAAGCAUGUAAGCAGCUUAGGUGCUGUAGGCAGAUGGAGCAGCGGGGGAAGGGGUGGUCAGUUUAUCCCUGAGCAGGUCAUACAACAGAGUAACUCCCAAUGGAGAAGAACAAUGGCUGUACUGCUUGUGCAUGAAUUCAGAGAGGAGCACAUGAAAGCGAUGGGGGGAGAGGGACGUACGUCUCCAGAAUCAGACAGCUGCUCGUGGAAGGUGGAGACCUGUUUGUUCCUCUGGUAAUAAAGUAAGUAGGACCGGCGUUAGAAAGAAACAAAAUGUAAAUAACAGCGUUCUUUAGCAUUUCUUACAUAGCUUGAAUUAUUUAUUCACUGUAAUCGUUGUUUGUGGGUAAGAUGCACUUGGUAGCGUGGAAAUGCAGCGUUCCUUCGAUGGAGGCAGCACUUGGGGCAGGCCGUCACCUGGCACUGGGGGCUAUCCACACACAAAGUGCAUUUUGUCAGCACAAAGCUGUAGGUGAGCAUCAGCAGAAUUAUUUUCUCCAUCUCUGAUUAAUUCUCUGGUUCUACAGUGGUAUCUAUACACACCAGCAUCAGCUCCCGUGGGUUUUUCAUGGGCAGACACCUGUUGGUAGAUGUUUUCCUUUUGUUCAUGUACAAAAGGAAAGCAGUGCACUGCUUCUCAAGAGCAGAUACCUCCAUCAGCCUUUGUCUAAGGUAAAAACGCUAAAUGAAGGAGAGCAAGAGCUGGUUUUCACCUUCUCUCUUGCAGUGAUCAUCUUAGGUGUUACCUGCCGAGCUGAGGGCUAGUUCUGACAGAAGUGGAAGCUGCACCUCAUUGAUUACUCAAAUAAAUAUUAAGGUUUUUUUUGUUUUUUUUUU